AAUACAUGUAAACAAAAACCAAAUAAUGCUAAGGACAUUUCACAAGAACAUGUUCCUGAAAAGGUAAAUGUAAAAUAUUACUAAUAAUAUAGUAAUUAUCAACUAUAAAUAUACAAUUUCCAAAAUAAACUUACUUUGCCUCUGAAAAACUUUUUUUGCACAGGUCCCAACACCAAAAUUAUGUGAUGGUCACAAACUAAAACACAAAUCAAAAAAGACACCAAGUGAGUGUGGUGACACAAAGGACAAGACAGACAUUGUUAAGACAGGCAUUGGUGUUGCUGAAGAGGUAAAAGGGACCUUACAAAAUGUAGAAAAAUCAUUUAAUAAUAUCUAAGAAUCUACUAACAAUUUUUAUAGGUAACUAAACUAUGGGAAUGUCAAGCCACUGAACAGAUUGUAGCACAUAUACAUUAUACACACACACACACACACACACACACACACAUAUAUAUUAUACAUUUUUAUAUAUAUAUAACACAUUAUUACUUUAACAUAGUUCACCAUUUUCUUAUUAAUUUGCUGACAUCACAACAAUAGACACCUGUAAAGUAUACACAAACCAGCCACAUGCCUUUAGCUAAUUUUGUAAUUUUGUGAUUGGAAUCUUCUACUGCUACUUAGAAAUGUAUAAAAGGACUACAUAGAAGUCCAGUCACACCAUUACAAACAAAGUUGACUAAAAAUAUCAAUGAUAUCAGUGAUGAACAAUGGCAAGAUCUAAAAGAGGUAAGGGUGCAUUGAGAAAAGACUUGUGGGAAGCUGCUGGAGGAACAGAGGUAAUAAAAAAAAAAAAAAAAAAAAAAAAUGUCAUAGCUGAAAAUAUUGUAAAUAAUGACACUACUCAGAAAUCACCUAUCUGGCACACACUAUCCAACCAAAUAUUUGAAAAAGAUACUCCAAAAAACAGGCAAUGGCUUUUUAUUAUAUGGACGUAUAACAGGAGAAAUAUCAGAACUGUUACAACCAAUGUGUUUAAAGAAACAGGAAAAUGAAACCAAAAGUAUGCGGACAGAGAAUUUGGAAAAAGAUGAAACAGAAAUGGAUAGAGAGGAGUCUGAGGAGAUCAAUGACUGGGGACAGACAGACCCUGAGUCUGACAACUUUGAGGUGAUAGAGGUUCCUCCAACAAUUGACAACCACUGUAACUCAAUCCAUGAACUAAAAAAGAAUCCAGAAAAAAAGACAGAAUCAAAAACGGGACCAAACUUAUAAACGUGCCACAAACACCAACUAAAUUUAAAGUGUUUCUUCAUUCGAAGGUAUGGAACAAAAUUUGCCCUUUGAAAUGUUCCAAUAAACUAAGACAACCAUGGACCCACUACUUGUACAAUCAGUUCAAUAAAAAAAUACUUGUUGUCCACUCCGCUUUACAUACCAGCAUGUCCGAGCAAUAGGGAGCCGGAAGCGUAUGUGUGGGUACUUAAAAAUAUGUGCAAAAUGUACAUUUUCAACAUGCCGUGCAAGGUAUUCCUUCACCAUGAAGACCAAACCAGCCAAACAUCAAACAGUUAUUCCUUUAACUGUGUGCCGGACUGGAAACAUCUUACACCUAAAAAAAGAACAACAGUUCAGACAUGCCAGUAAUGUCAGAAGGGGAAAAAUAGCAAAAACUGUCCUUCAAGGUGUAAGUACAGAAUAUUAUAAAAGGCUGCAAAACACACCCAUUCAGGAACUUCUUGCUGGUAACAUCACUCACAGCCUAAACAGAAACAUUUUGAAAGUCAUUUCCCAUGAAAUCAAGAAAACCAUGCAGCAACAUGACAACAUUCUUCUGGAGACUCAGCUCACACAAUCCAUAAUCCGACAAUGUGACACUGCCUCUUAUUUGACUCCUGGGUAUGUACAACAUUUCCAGGUGGAUCCUUUUGGGGCUCACCUGUACACAGAAACAGGAAUAGGCAUACUGGUGAAUAAUCUGAGAGACAGAUCCCCUGUCACUCUUUACCUAGAUGCCACAGGGAGUGUGAUUUCCAAAAUUACAGGUAAAGGAAGAGAUGCACCUCCACUUCCAGUAUGCGAGAUGAUAUCAAGCGAGCAUUCCGUUCCUCCUAUAACUUUCUGGCUAAUGCAGUUUCUCCUCAAAAUGUCAAAAUACACCAGUCAACAAAUUCACCAGGUGGAGACCAAUUACAGCUGGGCCCUUAUGCAGGGAGUUAUUUUGGCAUUUAAUAAAGAAAGUAUGCCGGCUUACCUUAAUAGGGUGUAUGCCAUCUGCCAAAAGCAAAAAACCUGGGCAGAUAUAAAAUCGGCAACAGUUUUGCACCUGUGUGCAGCUCACGUCAUUAAAGCUGUGUCUUCAGCUUUUGGAAGGAAGACAGACGAUAAAGGGCUGCAAAAUAUGGCAACAUACGUAUUUGCCAGGAUGCAAAACACUGUUAAUCUGGAUGAUGCCCUUGCCAUUUUCAGACCAUUCUGCAUUGUUUUCCUCGCAAGACAUGUCAGUAAAAAUGUCACAGAGAGUCUUGAAUUCUUGGAGGGCCUCAUUACAAAAGAAGAUGCUAUUCUUCAAGACCGAACAGAAGAUGACUCGGAAAAGUGAGAGAUGGAUGAAAAUUCAUCAAAAACAAUUGUUGGUGGUUCUCCAUUUUCCAAACUUUUCAGGAAGAUCUACGAUGAUGUCAUGGUUGUCUUGGAAAAUGAAGAACAACAUCAGAGUGUUGAAAAUCCUUAUUAUUGUCCAGAUGUAAUCAAGUUCCUUCUGGACAAUUACCUGGGGAUCUAUCCACUUUGGAGCGGGGUUCUACUAGGAAAUCUAAAAAGAUAUGCAUGUGACAUGACAGAGUCACUACUUCCUUCAGCAGAAAACUCCAAAACCAGAGACACAAACUGUCAUGUUGAAAAAUGGUUUGGCAUUGUGAAAACAUGCAUUCUUCAAAAAAAAAACAUGUGUCCGGCCAGCACACUUCAUUCAGACAAUGCACACAUCUUUGAAGGGGCGUUACAGGGAACACAUAAUGAGGAACAAUCUUCCUGAAGAUAUCCUCAUUAGACCUCAUAAGCCAUCAGGUCAUGUGGCUUUUGCAGAAGAGAGGUGGGGAAAACGGCCAACAAAAUCACACUUUUACAGAGCUCCACCUCAAAUGCCCACACCUGGGGUGCAAAGAACAGCACAAACCACUUUUAGUGUCCCUGAUGUUCCUGGUGUUGCUGAAGAGGUAAAUAGCAGAAGAAAAAAAAAAAAAAAGGUUUUUAACUGACUGUGCACCUACUAACAAUAUUUUGUGCAGGUGUCUACAAAGAAAAAACAUGACAUUCCCGAACCAAAACAGACCCCGACAACUGAAAGCAGUGGCAUGAUAAAUGCAAAGGACAUUUCACAAGAAUAUGUUCCUGAAAAGGUAAAUUUCAAAUAUUACAAUUAAUAAUAAAUUACAAUUAAUAUAAAUAUCCAUUUUCCAAAAUUAUCUUUCUUUCUGUACUUACUUUGCCUCUGAAAAACUUUUUUGCACAGGUCCCAACACCAAAAUUAUGUGAUGGUCACAAACUAAAACACAAAUCAAAAAAGACACCAAGUGAGUGUGGUGACACAAAGGACAAGACAGACAUUGUUAAGACAGGCAUUGGUGUUGCUGAAGAGGUAAAAGGGACUUUACAAAAUGUAGAAAAAUCAUUUAAUAAUAUCUAAGAAUCUACUAACAAUUUUUUAUAGGUAACUAAACUAUGGGAAUGUCAAGCCACUGAACAGAUUGUAGCACGUAUUAAGGCUGUCCAUUACAGAUUUGACAUGACGUUGAGACAUCAAGAAUUUCUGACUUUGCGACCCCACGACAGACUAUGUGGAGAAGUAAGUGCGCUUUAUUAUAAUAUUUGCAUUAAAUUACAUUGACCUUAUCUAAUAAUCAACAAUAGUCAAGUCAAGUCACCUUUAUUUAUAUAGCGCUUUUUACAAUGUAGAUUGUGUCAAAGCAGCUUUACAUUGAUAACUGGUACAUUGUUUGGCUGCACAGCAGCUCUUAAAGAAUAGUGUCAAUGCAGGCAGAUCAAAGCACUGUUGAAUAUCAAAUGUCAAGUCAAGUGUCCCCAACUAAGCAAGCCAGAGGCGACAGCGGCAAGGAACCCAAACUCCAUCAGGUGACAUUAGGUGGCAGACAAGUGGCAAAUUGGUGUUAAAAUGGAGAAAAAAACCUUGGGAGAAACCAGGCUUAGUCGGGGUGCCAGUUCUCCUCUGGCCAACAGUGCUUUGUUACAAUUCAGGUUGCUAUCAUAAGUCCAAUAGGAUCGCAACAUUAAAAGUAUUUAUUUCAGUUCCAUCCAAUUGAGGAUCGUAUUCAUCACGCCGGUAUGGACGGUUGUUGAGGAACUGUGUCGUGGCUGUCGUGUCGAUGAGGCCCUCACAGUGGAUGAUCUAGUUGACUCAAUCUCUGCUGAUACGUCAGGGCUGCGUUGUGGUCAUGUCAAGGUGCAGGUCCUUGGUCUCACCUGGAUACGGCCCGGAUCCGGUUGACUACGGUGAACCUCGGGAUAAACAGAAAGACUAAUAUUAGCGUAGAUGCCAUUCUUCUUCUGAUGUAACGAGUACAUCAGGUGUUAUAGGAAGUGUUCCCGGUUCCGGCUGACCUAAUUUAUGCAGCCUAAUAAUCCUUUAACGGAUUUGAAAAUAUAAAUUGGUAAUGUGUUAUGUGUAUGCCAGGUUAAAGAGAUGCGUUUUUAGUCUAGAUUUAAACUGACAGAGUGUGUCUGCUUCCCGAACAAUGCUAGGAAGAUUGUUCCAGAGUUUAGGUGCCAAAUAGGAGAAGGAUCUACCACCUGCAGUUGAUUUUGAUAUUCUAGGUAUUAUCAGCUGGCCUGAAUUCUGAGAUCGCAAUAGACGUGAAGGACUAUAAUGCAUUA